AUGGUAACACGGACUUGCCGAAUAUGGAAUUUAUAUGGGCCAGCUGAAACAACUAUUGAUUGUGCAUUUCACCUUGUUGACAUUAGUGCUGAUACACAGAGCGUUCCAAUCGGACGUGCAUUACCUCGUUAUCGAUGCUUGAUUUUGGAUGAUUUCCUGCAAGCGGUUGUUAUCUCUCAGGAAGGUGCAUUAUAUGUCGGAGGUGUUGGUGUCUUUGCUGGUUAUCUGGAACGUGAAGAGUUGACUACAAGAGCACUUAUUGUAAUAGAUGAUGAAAUAUUCUAUAGAACGGGUGAUCUUGUUCGAAUGGAUAAAAAUGGUUUCCUUCAUUAUCAAGGAAGAAAAGAUCAUCAAAUUAAGUUGCAUGGACAGCGGAUUGAACUUGGAGAAAUCGAACAAUGUUUACUUAAUACAUUGAUCUCUGCUUGCGUUGUCAUCAAAUGGGAUGAUGAUCACUUGGUUUCUUAUGUUCAAAGCACUAACAUUGAUGUAGAAGAACUGCGUAAACAUUGUCAAUCUCAUCUUCCACCUCAUAUGAUACCAUCGAUAUUUGUCGUCUUGGAGAAACUUCCUAUAAAUGCAAAUGGAAAAAUAGAUCGAAAACUUCUUCCAGCACCUCAAUUUUCGUUGUUGACGAAUAUUGAUCAAACUGAUGUAAUUCCAUUGACACCACUGGAGGAACAUCUACAACGCAUAUUUAGUGAGGCAUUUCACAAUGAAUCACCAAACGUAAAUAUGCCGUUUGGACAGUUGGGUGGUACAUCACUCGAUGUUAUACGAGCACUCAUGCUCAUUCAACAAGAAAUAUGUACAAAGGUUGAUGUUGGCCUCUUAUUCGCCAACCCAUCGAUCCGACAGCUUGCACGAGUCAUUGAACCAUUACUUGUCACAUAUGCUGAUUCUUCUGUUACAACUUCUGCUUUACAAUUGCUUCAAGAAAAUCAAGAUCGAUCAAUGCCAUAA